CUCUUGUAACUACAAGUACAUUGACAGUUGGAGAUGAUGCGAACAUGACGUCGGAAAAUCUUACUGCGCAGGCGCAGUCGGGUGGUUUCUGGAAGUCAGAAGAUGGUCCAAUCAACUUUUCCAAAGCCUUCUCUGCGGAGUAUCCUAGCAUUUCUCUAUCCGACAAACAGAUGCCAGACCAUAGGUUACAGUGUGCUAAAAGUGGUCUUGAGACGGCGAGAAAUGAAGGUAAGAUAGACAUUAACACGAUCAUCGGCAUUCUUCGGGAUGAAGCGAGCAGCAUUAACUUCGUUGGAGAGCUUCUAACAGUCGGAAGCCAAGUGUCUGUGAUUUCCGCGCCAACUUCCGGGCAGCCAUCUUGUUAUUGGUUUACUGCAACUCCAAAUACAAAAUAUUCCGUUUUCAAGCCUUUCAUUUUCUGUGCCAGUGAUACAGGUGGGAACUGGAUAGAUUCUCCGUCGUCAGGCGAGGCUCCAAGAGCAACAUUUCAAACGUCUAUCGAUCGUAGACAUCCGCUUUACAAGGCACAUGAAAAAGGGAGACAACUAAUGAAAACCGGAAGUCCAGCUGGGGAGAAAUUGCAAGCGACAAUGCAGAACUUGAAAAAACAGUGUGUGCGUGAAGUAACGGAGUUUUUAAGUACAUUCAACGAAUCAGAUGUUAAUGAAGUAAAACACCUAUUUGGUGUCAUAGCAGAAUCCUGAGGCAAAAUUCUAUCUUUGAAUAUUUAGGUGGCUUGACCUUGCUCUGUGGCUUAUAUGUUAUGUGUUAUUUAUAAGCUUAUGGUUGUGCUCUGUCUAUUGUAGCUUAAAACAAAAGAAAACGAAGUACAAUAUUGACUAUGUUGACAAUGGACCAUAUUUUAAGAACUCGUGAUAUUUGUUUCAGAUUUUAAAUGAGGAGUAUACAUUAAAAUGUUCCAAAAAACAAAUAAGCAAGUCCAAGUUGAAAAAAUUCAUCUGAAUUGCGUGUUUUCUGUUCAUGUGUACGUGCUACUUGGGCUUUCGGCAGUGUUUAUGUGUGAGCGGUUUUGUUGAACAAAUAUAAUAUUUUGUGUCAGAUUUGUUCAAAUGUAGUAGUUCUCAUUGCAGGGUUGUUUUCACAUCUGAUGCUCAUUUAAUUUAUUCAUAUUCUAUCAACUAUAAUAUAAGUAUUCAUCUGUGCAGUUCAUGUAUCCAAUGUGUUCAAGUUAUAUCAAGUUUUGUUGUUCAUUUGAGGCCUGUUUCACUGUUCAUAAAUCUCUCCCUUUACGACGCGCUUUCUUGUGUAGCUGCGAGCGUCUUAAAAAUUUAUAAUUUUUACGUAACCAUUAUAUUUUUAUUCUGUUCUUGUUCAUGAAAUACCAAAUAGUUAAAUGAGCCUUGAAAAUAAGUUCAAAAUUCAUACAAAAUGGCUUCAUUUUUUUGUAAAAUUCGGUUAAUAAUAAGGAGGGUCAUAACAUCAGAGCUAUAUUUAGAAUGUUGUAUUCGUUAUUGUAGAUGUUUACCAGACCGGAUCGGAUUCGGCGCCUCCGAUGCGGAUCAUCUGGCUAAAUCCAUUAGUAUCUAAUACAUUUCACUUAAGGACAUUAAAAACGCCUCGUCCAAGCAUGGCAGUCAUUUCAUACCAAAUAUUUUGAUAUUCUUUUAUUAGCAGUCAUUGAGUUUGAUCCAGUAUGGUAACUUCUUUUGUGUUCAUUGAAGUGUGACAGAUGUCACCUGUGCACGUGUAUCUCGUGCUGUUAUCACAAACACGUUUCACAGUGCAUAUUAAAAAUCUGUUAUUACAUAUUGAAGAAAAAAAAAGAAACCAAGAACAAUGUUUUUUUCAAAAUUUGAUUAAAUUCAAGGUUUAUUAAUUAUAUUCAGUUUUGAUAAGUAAGCCUUACUCAUUUUUUUUAUUGAAACGCCAUAAAACGAAAGAAUUAAACAUAUGUUGGCGUUUUGCAACAUACCAUUGUGCCCUUGGAAAGACAGACCAGUUUAUUUAUUAUUAAACGGCUUAAUUAACGAUUUAAACGGAUAUCUGAUAUUCGUUUCUGACGAAUAUAAUUGAAUCUUUAUAUAUCCGAAUAAAAUUAAUCCGAAUAUACAUGUACAUGAGCUUCAUGAGCGGUGGUCACAAUUCGUUUAGCAAAGAAAAAAGUCAACCUGAAUAUCUAUAAUAUAUAUUUUAAAAAUGUUUGCAUUAAAAAUCUUCUUGGAUCAGCUUUUUUAAAAUGCAUAGGUGAGGCGUUUUUAAAGUUUUUGAGUGUACUAUACUAUUUUGAUGAACCUCUAGAUGACUUGAAUCUGAAGAAACACUACUGCUAGGGGCUUUCCCCAGUAGCUCUGUAUUCACUACUGCAAGAAUUGUCCAAAAAUUGGCAUUUUGCCCAAUUAAGUAUUAAUCAAAACAGUUCAUGCCAUUUAUUUACAACAUUAAUUUUAUAAACAAUAAAUUAGCAGGCUUGUCAAUAUAAAGAUGUUACUUAUCAAAGCACCACAAAAACUAUAAUGACUUUUGAAGGCCGAGACAAUGUGUACAUUUAUUUGUUAUUUAUAUAUUGACUGCCAUUAAUGCAAUUAAUAUUUCCUUCUUUUCACAACAUAACAAUCUGUAAGAACAUAUUUUUAUGUAAUAAAAGUUUCUUAAAUGUCAGUUUAUUUUAACAUGUACACGGAGGAGUGAACAUUAUACAAGACGGUAUUAUGUCAAUAAAAAUCAUCUCUUUCACAUUUAAAAUGUAAUUUUAUAGACAUAAAAACCUUACAAGUAGCAUUUUAGAGGCAUAUCAAUUACAUUUCAUGUCAUGUAAUAUUUCAAAUGUAUUUAUAGAGACAUGAACUUCCAAAAGU